AGAGAGAGCCCACCCUUCAGUGAUGCCGACUGCAGUGUGUAUAAUAGCAGCGAGGAAAGCUCUGGGAGUCUAGGAGGAGCUGCGGCAAGGUCGAAAACAGCGUAGCAUCCUAUCCUGAACACCAGAAAGAGCCGAGGCGGGCGGGACUGAGUCUAGUGGUGAGCGAGCGACAGUGACCGGGGCGAAUUUUGGAUUUACUGCCGGGGAAGAAGAAGGAGGAGAGUGGCUGAAAGUUUCCAGCCUGUAGCCUCAUGUUCCGAGGCGGCUAGCGAGCUAUCAUUCACUACUACCGCUCUCCUCACGUCUGCCUAGCGCCUGUUUCUGACCAGGCGGAGCAGCCUCCUCAGUAACUGAAGCUAGUUUUGUGUUUGUCACGGGGCUCCUCCCGGGUUUCUCACCCUCCGGCCACUUAGUUUUGCGAGCCAUCGCGUGGCUUUAUUCCAUCACACGUUUUCACGUUGGUCUGUGUUUUUUGUGCCAUGUCAGCACCAUCCUCCGCGCCUUCCGCUCCGACAGAGAGCGCCGCGACGGAAAAUGAAUUUCUAGCUCAGGAUUCGGGGCUGAGGCCGCCCGGUCCGACGCCCAGCCAGAGCCGCUUCCAGGUGGACCUUGUGGCUGAGGCAGCGGGCGCCACCGAAGACAAGUCUCCCAGCUCCGAUGCCUCAACCACCGUCCCACCCAGCGACAAGGCAACUCCCACUGCUCCUCCAGAUGGCCCGGGUGCUGAUCCAGGGGCCGGCGGAGAUGAAGCCAAAGGUCGGUUCCGUGUGAACUUCGCGGAUCCGAGCGAAGCGGGCAGCGCGGCCUCUCCAGACGGAGCGCAGGCUGAGGGGCUGCAGAACGGCGACACGGUGAUGAGCGAGACCAGCUUGCACUCGUCCACAGGAGGCCAGCAUCACUAUCACUAUGACACCCACACCAACACCUAUUACCUGAGGACUUUUGGCCACAACACCAUCGAUGCCGUGCCCAACAUCGAUUUCUACCGGCAGACAGCAGCGCCGCUGGGGGAGAAACUCAUCAGACCCACCCUGUCGGAGCUGCACGACGAGCUGGACAAGGAGCCUUUUGAGGAUGGCUUUGCCAAUGGUGAUGAGCUGACCCCUGCUGAAGAGGCUGCUGCUAAAGAAGCAGCUGAGUCCAAAGGAGUGGUCAAGUUUGGCUGGGUCAAGGGAGUGUUGGUCCGCUGCAUGCUGAACAUUUGGGGUGUGAUGCUCUUCAUCCGCAUGUCAUGGAUCGUUGGUCAGGCUGGAAUUGCUCUCUCCUGUUUGAUCGUUGGAAUGGCUACAGUAGUGACAACCAUCACCGGCCUUUCCACCUCUGCCAUCGCCACCAAUGGAUUUGUACGAGGAGGUGGAGCGUAUUAUUUGAUUUCUAGGAGUUUGGGCCCAGAGUUUGGAGGCUCUAUUGGUCUGAUCUUUGCCUUUGCCAAUGCCGUGGCUGUAGCCAUGUAUGUGGUGGGAUUUGCGGAAACGGUUGUGGAACUUCUUGCUGGUGUAGAUGCCAUCAUGACAGAUGAAAUCAAUGAUAUCCGAAUAAUCGGCACCAUCACAGUAAUCCUUCUCCUGGGCAUCUCUUUGGCAGGAAUGGAAUGGGAGGCCAAGGCCCAGAUCUUCUUGCUCAUUGUCCUCAUCACAGCCAUCUGCAACUACUUCAUUGGAUCCUUCAUUAAUUUUGAGUCCAAGAAACCUAAGGGCUUUUUUGGCUAUGACGGUUCAAUCAUGUGGGAAAACAUGGGUCCAGACUUUCGAGGGGAAACGUUCUUCUCUGUCUUCGCCAUUUUCUUCCCUGCAGCCACUGGUAUUCUGGCUGGAGCCAACAUUUCAGGAGACCUUGCUGACCCACAGUUAGCCAUUCCCAGAGGAACUCUUCUGGCCAUCCUGAUUACAGGAAUAGUCUACCUGGGAGUUGCUGUUUCAACAGGCUCCUGUAUUGUAAGAGACGCCAGUGGAGUUUUGAAUGAUACUAUCACACAGGCUGUUGGCAAUUGCAGUGAUGCUGCAUGCAGAUUAGGCUUUGACUUCUCUUCCUGUAAGAGUGCCAAAAACUGUGACUAUGGACUCCAUAAUGACUUUCAGGUGAUGAGUCUGGUUUCUGGUUUUGGUCCCAUCAUCUCUGCCGGAAUCUUCUCUGCCACUCUGUCCUCAGCACUGGCCUCUUUAGUCAGUGCACCCAAAGUUUUUCAGGCUUUAUGUAAGGACAACAUCUACCCCGGCCUUAGCAUGUUUGCCAAAGGUUACGGCAAGAACAACGAGCCCCUCAAAGGCUACAUCCUUACCUUUGUUAUCGCUUUGGCCUUCAUUCUCAUCGCUGAGUUGAACGUAAUUGCCCCCAUCAUCUCCAACUUUUUCUUGGCAUCCUAUGCCUUGAUCAACUUUUCGGUGUUCCAUGCAUCACUGGCUAACUCACCAGGGUGGCGUCCCAGCUUCAAGUACUACAACAUGUGGAUUUCUCUUGCUGGAGCUAUACUGUGCUGUGUGGUCAUGUUUGUCAUCAACUGGUGGGCUGCGCUCCUCACCAACGUCAUUGUUUUGGGGCUUUUUAUCUACGUCAGCUACAAGAAGCCAGAUGUGAACUGGGGGUCAUCCACCCAGGCUCUGACCUACCACCAGGCUCUGACCCACACUCUGCACCUCAGCGGAGUGGAGGACCACAUCAAGAACUUCAGACCCCAGUGCUUAGUGAUGACUGGAUACCCCAACUCUCGUCCAGCUAUCAUUGACCUGGUUCACGCCUUCACCAAGAACGUGGGCCUGAUGAUCUGUGGUCAUAUUCGCACGGGGUACAGAAGGCCAAACUUCAAAGAUCUGGCCACAGACCAGGCCCGAUAUCAGCGCUGGCUGCUUAAAAAUGAGUGCAAGGCCUUCUACACACCAGUGUUUGCUGAGGACAUGAGGCAAGGCACACAGUACCUGCUCCAGGCUGCCGGCCUGGGUCGCCUGAAGCCGAACACAUUGGUGCUGGGCUUCAAGAACGACUGGAGGGAUGGCGACAUGAUGAAUGUGGAGACUUACAUCAGUAUGAUCCAUGAUGCCUUUGACUCCCAGUUUGGUGCUGUCAUCCUGCGGCUGAAAGAGGGCCUGGAUGUGUCCCACAUCCAAGGACAAGAUGAGUUGCUGUCCUCCCAGGAGAAAUCCUCCGGGAUGAAAGACGUAAUCGUGUCCAUAGACACCAGCAAAGACUCUGAUGCUGAUUCAUCCAAGCCGUCCUCUAAGGCCACCAGCCUUCAGAACAGUCCAGCGACACAGAAAGAUGACGACGAUGAUGGCAAAGCUACAACUCAGCCCCUGCUGAAAAAAGACAAGAAGAGCCCAACUGUACCACUGAAUGUGUCGGACCAGAGGCUGCUGGAGGCAAGCCAGCAGUUCCAGAAGAAACAAGGGAAGGGCACCGUGGAUGUGUGGUGGCUGUUUGAUGAUGGAGGUCUGACCCUGCUGAUCCCCUACCUACUGACCAACAAGAAGAGGUGGAAGGACUGCAAGAUCCGUGUCUUCAUUGGAGGCAAGAUCAACAGGAUUGAUCAUGACCGCCGAGCGAUGGCCACUCUGCUAAGCAAGUUCAGGAUAGACUUCUCGGACAUCACUGUCCUGGGAGACAUAAACACCAAGCCCAAGAAGGAACACGUGUCGGCCUUUGAGGAGAUGAUCGAGCCGUAUCGGCUGAAAGAAGACGACAUGGAGCAGGAGGCGGCUGAGAGGCUGAAGAACAGCGAACCCUGGAGGAUCACUGACAAUGAACUGGAGCUCUACCGCGCCAAGACUAAUCGUCAGAUCAGACUGAACGAACUGCUGAAGGAGCACUCAAGCACAGCCAACCUCAUUGUCAUGAGUCUGCCGUUGGCCAGGAAGGGCGCGGUGUCGAGCGCUCUGUACAUGGCCUGGCUGGAGGUGCUGUCUAAGGACCUGCCACCCAUGCUUCUGGUGCGCGGCAACCACCAGAGCGUCCUCACUUUCUACUCUUAAAUACACGCACGGAGAAGAACACCAAGAAGAAGUUUUGAAGUCUCACAUCCACCUCUGCCUCUGGAAGCAGACCCACAUACACAUCCCAGAUCCUGCCCAAACCUAGAGGUGCACCACAUACACUCCAGAGACAAUAGAAAACACAGCCACAGAAGGAAACAAUGCUGGUAAUAAUAAUUAUAAUGAUAAUGAAUAAAGAUGACGGAAGUGGUAUUGGUUGAGAUGUGUAAGCUUUACAAGUGAUGGAGGAAUGUCAGGGUUGGGGGAGGCGGGGACGGUUGUAAGGUGGCCCACUCUGCUCCUUUCUGUCUGUUUAUUCCAAGAUGUCUGGGUUUUUCUCUUGUAGCUCUAUUUUUUGAUUUUGUUUUUUUUUUUUUUCAAUUUUCCCAUGAAAAUUUUGUCAAAGUUGAUUUCUCUCAGGCUCCAAAGCAGUUGUACACAAUGUCCACAUUGUUCCCAUGACAUGGAAUCUCUUGAUGUCAUAUUCGUUAAAUGAAUUGGACCAGUUUGUUGUGUUUGUGAUGCAGCAAUAAUCACCCUGUUGUUUUCCUUAGAUAUUGGGAGAGAACCAUGCAGAAAGCUUUGCAACACCGUCUAAAGCCUUAUGGAUGUGCCUUCCAGUUGAAUCAGAUGAAAUAAUUAUAAUCUCUGUCUAGAUUGACAAUAUUGCCUAUUAUAUUGGUAUAUAUUGAUUAUAAUAGUUAGUUUUAUUGAGUUUUAAAUGUGAUUCUUUCUUGGAGUAUUUAUGCGAGUGGAUUUCAUGAAUUUAUUGAAGGUUGUCCACUUGAUUGCAUGAAGACUUUGUCAUCUCUUUCUCUUUUACCCUAAUCAACAUGUUUAUUUGGGGUUUUUAUUUGUUAGUCACUUUUAAGUCUUCCUUUUUAAGCUGUUGAAUAUUUCCGAUGGCCUCUACUACUCGACACAAGACACAAUUCAUCUUUUAGGCACAUUGCCUAAAAAUGUUUCCGUGGGUCUUAAUGUUAGGAUCCGCUUGUUUGUUUGAAAAGAUGUGAACGUAUUUUUCCAGCCUCGUCAGGUGGAAAGACUUUCUCUCCCGUGUAGCUUUUUAACCAUUGAGUUUUCCUUUCAACAGCUGUUUUUGUCCACAUGUCUGCUAGUUAAAAACUUUGCCUUAAUGCUAGAACUAACGAUUGUCACGAGUUCCUUUUCUCUUAUAAGCCAUACUGGCUGGACGGUUGGUGGAUAAAUGCAGAUUAGCUAGCCAUUAGUAAUGUAUGAUAGGAGGAGCGUUUCAGCACAAUUGUCUUCUGUACUGUAUAUGCAUCUUUUCUUCCCAUAGUCAACCUGCAUUAGUCUGUUACAGAGCGCACUGUAGGCCUGCAUGUUGCUGGUGAAGUGAUCAAUCAGCAGAUUGUUACAUAUUCCACUUUCCCAGAGUCACAGUAGUCUUAAGUUUUCGCCCUCCUGUCUGACUGCUGGUGUGUCUGGGUGUGUGAUGGACUGCUGAGCUCCCGUUACGACAAAGCCUGGAUGGGCAGAGAGAAUAAGCGACUUGCUGGCAGGAAGAAUGUGACAUUAGAAUGUGUCAAGGCUGAGUGAAGAUAUACCUCUAUGCAUAUGAGCUUGUGUUGAGUAAGUACUUGUAAUAAAGGUCCAUCGUUCCUCCGUGUGAAAGGAUCUACUCGCCUCAGUUCAUUUAAGGAGCAUUUACCACGGCUCCAAGAACAGCCAUUUAUAGACCAUUUUACAGUUUUUCACACUGAUUCUAAUGUGUCCUACUGUUGGGUCACAGAGAGUGGUGACUUGGCCAAAUUAUUUUGAAACCAUGCAGCUAUUUAGUAACUGUCCCACAACUGCUACUUUUUUUUUUUACAGUGGUUGAAGGGAAAUUCUGCUCUUUCUGAGCCUGUGCCCUAAUAUUCAUGUUUAGGUGUGUAAGAUUAUUCACCAAAAGUUUUCGAUUUUGGUCCAGUAGGUGGCCUCAUCUGGCAGCUGCAACAGGCCUGCAAUGGCAUUUGUGUAAUGUUGUCAGACAGGAUAACAGCCUGCCGGUGACGAAAACAAGCAUUUUUAGUGGUGACAGUUGGUGUUGUCCCAAAGGUUUACGUUGCAGCUGCCAGGUGAGGCGAUCUACUGGACUGACGCCAAAACGCUCGGUAGGUGUGAAUCAUUUACACACCGAAACAUGUAACACGGCCCAAAUUUAAAAACACUAGAAUAACACCAGUUCCCUUUGAGUUACAUUUAUUCUAAAGGCGUGUUCAGACUGAAUACAUAGUGCAUUUUUCAACUAGUUGAUGCCCCUGUGUCUUUUGCACCGGGCAGCCUCAUGUAGCGUGAAAUAUCUCAGCAUGAGGAAAAAAUCAUGAGCUCAGCUCAAGUCAGUUCCAGUUCCUGUAGAUAAAGGAGGAAAAAAAACACUAAGAUUAAUCUUUUAGAAAAUAAAGUACGAACUGGAAGGUACUGGUAAGUUUUUUCAUUUGUUUGUUUGUUGGUUUGUUUUUAAAUUGGAGUUGCAAGCCAGUUAUCAUCGAAUGUCUGGAGGGUCAUAAUGCCGAGUGAACAUGGACUGUUUAAAGACUUAAUCUGCCAAACGUGAAUGGAUAACAUCAGGAAUCUUUUUUUGUUCAGUCUGAACACACCAAGACUGGCUUCGGUAUCGCUCACAUCAAUCUUCUGCAUAAAUGAAUGAUUUCAUCUGAAUGACGAAUAACAUAAAAGGCCAUAGUUUAAGCAGGACAAUGUUUAUCUAGAUGUGCAGAUUAUUAGAAAAUAGGAAAGUGAACUUGGACCUAAACUGAAACAGGAUUGAGAGGAAAGGGUCUGUUAUGGCAACCGGGGAUUAUGGUUACUAUUAAAAUCUGCCACAAACCUAAUGGAAUAAAACAGGGUUCUCUUCAUUUGUGAUGUACUUUUUUUUUCAUUGUGUUUCCUAGAAACAGGCAGGUUUGGCAUUUAGCUUGUUACCUUAAUGUCAUUGUGUCCUUCAUGUCCUUUACUGUAUGCAAUUUUAACAGACGAAUGCGAUACGAUUCGUAGGUUAGCUGAAUGUACUGUAUAUUAAUGAAGAUUGCCGCUAGGAGUUAGUACAUACAUAGUACUGCUUCUGUUUUCAAUUCUUGUGUAUAUAAAUUGUGUCCUGCAUAGACUGCAGUUAGCACAGUGCUGUGUGUCAGCUUCAUUGGACUGCAUCCCAUCAUUUCUUACUCUGUGCUGUUGUUUGAGUGUAAAUAAGCAUUCAGUACAUACACAUGAACUAUAUAAACAUUCAUGGUCACCAGUGUUUUCAAUACACCUUGAGUACUUUUCAAGUAUGUGAAAUACAAGUACUGGGUGAGGAACUGAAGACCUUUUUGAAAACGCAGUCAAAGACUGUUCCUGGUUCAGUUAUAGCACAAUAGCGCUGCCAAAUGCCACCAUAUCUUGCCAGCUCAUUGUUACUGUUAGAGGUUUGGGUCUUGGGUGAGGUUUUAGACGGCGUUUAUAUUUGCCCUUGGUUUUGAGGAAGGAAGGAAGUGGAAAUGUAUGAAUGUUACGGUUUUAUAACUGUAAAAAGUGCAUUUGACCCAAAGUAGGGACUACAAGUCAAGAUAUGAUUGUUAUAUUUGAUUUGACCCUUUUAAAUUAAAACAUAAUACAUUGUUUCUUGAUAGUCACCAGAAGUGACUAUUGCAACACUGGAACAGAACAGACUUACAAGGGGUAGUGGUUUAAAUCUCACCCUAUGAAAUGGAACAACCCUUCAAGACCCUCAUAUGUCAUCAGCCAUCGUUUGUGGCAGUGAACUUAACGGACGAUACCAGACAUUUCCAACAGACUAGCUUCAGUUUUGCUGAUUUCUCUUGCGUGACUGUGACAGUCCUGUUGUUAUCACAAUGGCAUUUGUCAUUUUUCUGAUGGAGAUUCACAACGUCACAUUAUCAAUCAAGUCGUCAAAAAAAAAGAACACUGCUUCAUCUCCUGGCCACUAAUGUUGGUUGUGUUUUUAAAGCGAACAGCAGCCAGUGCUCCGGCCCUGCCAGUCUGCACUGACGCAGCACCUUCAUUGCUGGUGAGGAGUGAAAUUUUAGGCAUCAAAAUGCAGGACUGUCAUGCACAAAUUUGAAAUUAUCAGUGUAACUUUAGCUAGUAAGUUAGCUACCAAGACAUCAGCAAACUUGUAGCGAUUGUUCUAUGCCUAUUAUGAAGAAAAGGACCAUAACAACACACAAUAGAGAGUUUGAAGUGUGUCCCAAUAUUUCAGUCACAACAAGACUCUGGACACCUUAUUCUUAAGUGUGAAGGUGCAAAAUGGAGUGCUAGGGCUAAGUGGUAGCGGCAAGGUGUGUUAGGGUUGGCUCUAAAUCACUUUAGUGCCACGUUACAUGUCGGUGGCAUUCCAAAGUUAUACUUUGAUUGGCAUCCAUUGGUGCAAUUAUUGCAUAAUUUCCUAUUGGUACAAAUGUGCAAGAUGCUAACUUCUAAGAGUAUGAUAUGACAAUUCAUAUAUAGCACAUACUUGAUGAGCGAAAGGGAGAUUCUGACAUUUGGGGGCACUAUUGUGCACUUUAACAAAAUCAAGGAGUGUAUCUUUAAACUCUGUUCAUUGUUCUGCUGUGAAGCAUUCGCUCUCUUUUACUGUUACAGAGCAAAAACAUUAUCAACAAGAACACGGGUUACUCUAUAUUUGUAUAAUAAAGAAUAUGCCUACAUACACACAUGUAUAAAUGUAUCAGUCUGACCUAGGGGGUAUCUUUGUCUUUGAUAUGUCACAUUAGGUGAAACAAAAAGACCUCCUGUCCACAUUUUACAACCAAAUAAUAGUGUUUGUUUGUGUGUGUGUGUGGUUUUCUUCAUUUAUGUCCUAUAGAUAGAUUCUGAAGCCUGUCUGAUAAUACUACUGUGUUCUACUGGAGAAACCAAAUGUCACCUGUACUCAUAUGUCACCCACCUACUAAUUAGUGUAUGCAUUUCUUUGCCAAAGCCCCACUUCCUCUCCAGCCUCCAUCUGUCAUGUGUCCACGAUGACGGAUGAUAUUGUAAUCAAAUCAUGAACUUUGUAUCUCAUGGCGGUCGACCUUGUCCACACUGCAAACAUAAAAAUUAACCUGUAAAUAAACGUCGUAGUCUAAUGGCAUAAAUUAAGGAUGGGGAAUAAUUAUGUCGAAUUUCAAUAUGGAGAAAGAUAUUUAUUUUAGUUUAGAUUUUCUCUGCUGUUUUUUUUUCUUUUUGUCUUAAAUAUCUUGGUUUUGGUUGUAAGUUAAUUUACAUGUUGAUUUUUUUUUUUCUUUUAUUGUUAUGUUGCCUUUUGAUUUUAGCUAAUUGUGUCUUUUUUCUUUUUGAGUCUGUGUAUUUCUAUCUUUUUAAUGCCUUUUGAAGAAAAGACAUGACAACAAAAGCAGAUCAAAGCUGUUUUCUCCUCUUUCACACAAACGUGGAUGGGAUCAACCCAGCUGGUUGAAGCAGUGAUGUUUUGAUACACUGUACUGUUAACAGUCACAGAUAUGCUUUUUUCUAACAUUUUAACAUUUAUGAUUACCAAUACUUUGUACAUCUUUAUUGCAAAAAAUAAAUCAAAUGAAAUCAGUGA